UACUUGGAAUUUAAAAUGGAAAUGAAAUUGAAUCCAUUAAAGUUCAACAGAAAACUGAACAGAUCCAACCUCUACAUGGAACUGUUACUGUUCCUUUAUUUGUUUUUCUUUCCAGUAAAUUUAAGUUUAUGGGAAACGUUUGUUGAAGGACGGUUCAGUAUUUUGGAAUAUUAAGAGAGGGCGGUUGGUGGGUCUGCACUCUUCUCACUCCAAUGCAGGGGAGGUGAGAGAGGGACAAGGAUUGAGUGGGAGAGAACGUAAAAAUUUGAUCUUUGGUGGUGAAAUUUCCAAAUUUGUUUCUGGGUUUUGCAGAUUGGUGUCUCUGAAUUGUUGGAUUUUUUUUGGGAGUAUAAGGUUAGUGAGAGGGAACAAGACCAAAAAUGUAUUUGAAAAACAGGGGAGGAACAGAGUAUCCUUCUAAGAGUGUUGUAUCUCGGAAUUUGGCGCUUUUGCUUUGCUUGAGCAGCUUCUGUGCUGGCAUGUUCUUCACCAACAGGAUGUGGGCAGCGUUUGAAGCUAAAGACACAGAGAGGAUGACUGGAAUUAAAGAUGAAAGAAUUAAAUUAGCUUCUGAGGGUUGUACUCCAAAACUAGCAAGUAAGGUGAUAAGGCACAAAUCCAACAACAUUCUGGGGGAAGUUUCAAAGACCCAUCAUGCUGUCCAAACACUAGAUAAAACAAUUUCAAAUCUGGAGAUGGAAUUAGCUGCUGCAAGGGCAGCUCAAGAGUCUGUAUUGAAUGAUUCUCUCAUAUCAGAAGACCACAAUGUCGCUGAAUCAACAAAGAAAAGAAAAUAUUUAAUGGUUAUAGGAAUCAAUACAGCUUUUAGUAGCCGGAAACGAAGAGAUUCAGUUCGUGCAACUUGGAUGCCACAAGGUGAGAAGAGAAAGAAACUGGAAGAAGAAAAGGGCAUUGUCAUACGCUUUGUUAUUGGUCACAGUUCGACAUCUGGUGGUAUUCUUGAUAAAGCUAUUGAAGCAGAGGAAAGAAUGCAUGGAGACUUCUUGAGACUGGAUCAUGUUGAGGGCUACCUGGAAUUGUCAGGCAAGACAAAGACAUAUUUUUCUACUGCUGUUGCUUUGUGGGAUGCGGAUUUCUAUGUCAAAGUUGAUGACGAUGUUCAUGUAAAUAUAGGAACACUUGCAAUGACUUUGGCUCAAUAUCGGUUGCAACCUCGGGUGUAUAUAGGCUGCAUGAAGUCGGGUCCUGUCCUUGCUCAGAAGGGAGUCAAAUACCAUGAACCAGAGUAUUGGAAAUUUGGCGAGGAGGGAAACAAGUAUUUCCGUCAUGCUACAGGACAACUAUAUGCUAUUUCAAAAAAUUUGGCUACUUAUAUAUCAAUCAACCGGCAUGUGCUGCAUAAGUACGCCAAUGAAGAUGUUUCACUGGGAUCUUGGUUUAUUGGAUUAGACGUGGAGCAUAUAGAUGACCGGAGACUAUGUUGUGGCACCCCACCUGAUUGCGAGUGGAAGGCUGAGGCAGGCAACGUAUGUGUUGCUUCAUUUGAUUGGAGCUGCAGUGGUAUUUGCAGAUCUUCUGAGAGGAUGAAGGAUGUUCACCAGCGUUGUGGUGAGGGCAAGAAUGCUUUGUGGAGUGCAGUUUUCUGAGAGACAAAACAGAUGUCUGAACACAGGAAGGGCACUUCCUUCUGAGAGACCCGCAGAUUCACAAAACAAGAAAGAUAUCCAUGAGAAAGCAGACCCUUUUUACUUUUUUCCCUUUUGGAAACUUUGUAUGUGCUCAUAGUGUGUAUUUAAUACGCAAAAUUUAGACUAUAGUGAAAGAGGAAAGAAACCUUGCUUCUGGGGAUCCAUCUCCAUUUUAGCUGAGGAGACCAACCCCCCAGAGCAGCCAACAGGAAUGCAAGUGACUGUCACUACCCAUUCUUUAAAUGGUUGGGGGGACUAUAUUGUAAGUUGCCAUGGCCAUGAUCUUUAUAAUAAAGUAGCAAUCUUUGUAGGCUGCCUUUGCUGCCUUUUGCUUCAUAAAACAAUAUAUGUCAAAUGGGCUUUACUGGGUUAAUUCCCUGUUUGUUCUUUAUUCUCUUC